AUGGUCCCUCUCCAUGUCUGUCCCCGUGCCUUUCACUUUGCAAUCUAUUCCUCUCGCUCAGCAAGGUCGUUUUCGCAUUCUGCAAGCUGUCUGAAGGCUUCCCCCCUCUUCCAUAACAGUGUUCGAGCGGACACGGGUUCAUCGAACGAGCAUGGCGAGAAAAAAGUCUUGCGUAUGCUGAUAUUCGGGAAGCCUGGUGCUGGCAAAGGUACCUUGUCAGCACGACUAGUUAAGAACUUCAAUAUCUUGACGCUCUCCACUGGGGAUUUGCUAAGGCAGCAUAUCGCUGAUAGGUACUGUUCCAUCUUCAUCACCUUGUGGUAA